CUCUGCCAAAUAUUUCACCAUCAGCAUUAAACAAAAAACUUGGUUGUUCCAACCUCCAUUUCUACGCUGAUUUACCCCCUCAGCCACCUUCAACAAAAUGCAGUCCACACUCAAGUUUUAGCUCUAACAAUGGCAGCUUGCUUCCACCCCAAACCCACCAUCAAUGGCGAAGAUGACUCUGUUAUUCUCUUCUCAACUUCCAGUUCCCCUCAAGGAUCCACCAGCCCUUCCUCUUCUUCCUACCACUCACCCCCACCAUCCCUUUCAUCUCACCAUCAUUCUAGAACUUCUCACAAAUUAACAGUGAGAAACCUUUCCUACACAAUUCACUUGAAAGGAUCGAUCCCUGAUUCCUUCCUUCACUUGGCGCAAAAGCCUAAGCCUGUUGAGGUACUUAAAUCGGUCAGCUUUGUUGCUAGAAGCUCCGAAAUCGUUGCCAUCCUGGGUCCAAGUGGCACUGGCAAAUCCAGUCUUCUUAGGAUAAUAUCAGGAAGGGUAAAUGAUAAAGAUUUUGAUCCAUGUAGCAUCUCCAUUGACGAUCAUUUGAUGAUGAGGAGUCCAGAUCAGUUGAGGAAGAUUUGUGGAUUUGUGGCACAAGAGGAUAGUUUGCUUCCUCUUCUCACCGUAAGAGAAACGCUGAUAUUCAGUGCCAAGUUCAGGCUCAAAGAAAUGAGCUCAAAAGAGAAGGAAGAAAGGGUUGAGAGCUUGAUGCAAGAGCUUGGCCUUUUACAUGUUGCAGACAGUUUCGUUGGUGAUGAAGAGAAUAGAGGGAUUUCUGGUGGAGAAAGAAAAAGGGUUUCAAUUGGUGUUGAUAUGAUUCAUGACCCUCCAAUUUUACUCCUGGAUGAACCUACUUCAGGCCUCGAUAGUUCUUCAGCUCUUCAAGUGAUUGAACUUCUUGCUUCAAUGGCUAAAGCUAGGGGAAGAACAGUUUUGCUUUCUAUCCAUCAACCAAGCUAUAGAAUUCUCAGAUACAUUUCUAAAUUCUUGCUUCUUUCACAUGGUUCUGUUGUUCAUAAUGGUAGUCUCGAGUUGCUUGAGGAAAACAUACAGAGAUUAGGAUUUCAAAUCCCAACUCAAUUGAAUGCUCUCGAGUUUGCAAUGGAAAUUAUGCCUGCACUGGAAGCUUCAACCCCCAAAUUGACUGUUGUGGAAGACAAGGACUCAUAUGAAUCGUAUCCGCGGGUAUGGUCCGACGAAGAAUGCAAUAGAAUCCAACAACGCGACUACGAUGACGACGAUAAACGGAUGGGAAACUUUUGGUUCUUUUCAAAUUUGCUUGAAAUCAUGUUUCUAUGCUCCAGAUUCUGGAAGAUAAUUUACAGAACAAAGCAGCUGUUCUUAGCAAGAACCAUGCAGGCAAUUGUGGGUGGAUUAGGAUUGGCAAGCGUUUAUGUAAAAGUAAGGAAAGACGAAGAAGGAGUGGCUGAAAGAUUAGGCUUAUUUGCAUUUAGUCUAAGUUUCCUCCUUUCAUCCACGGUCGAAGCACUCCCAAUAUACCUCCAAGAACGUCGUGUUCUAAUGAAAGAAGCCUCAAGGGGAGCUUACAAAAUUUCAUCCUACAUGAUCGCCAACACCAUCGUCUUCAUGCCCUUCCUAUUCGCUGUUUCCAUCCUUUUCGCCGUCCCGGUUUAUUGGAUCGUAGGCCUCAAUCCUUCCAUUUCAGCAUUCGCGUUUUUCACAUUCGUGGUUUGGCUCAUAAUCCUAAUGGCGAGCUCCCUCGUACUCUUUCUUAGUGCGAUCUCGCCCGACUUCAUAUCCGGGAAUUCGCUCAUCUGCACGGUUCUAGGAUCCUUUUUUCUCUUCUCGGGCUAUUUCAUCCCCAAAGAUAACAUCCCAAAGUACUGGCUCUUCAUGUACUAUGUGUCCCUUUACAGGUAUCCCUUGGACACAUUGCUUACGAAUGAGUAUUGGAGCUUGAGAAAUGAGUGCUUUUCAUGGCGGCCGGGGAACAUGUGUAUUUUGUCGGGAAAUGAUGUUCUAAAGAGUAGAGGACUUGAGAAGGACACAAGGUGGAUCAAUGUUGGUAUCAUGUUUGGUUUUUUUCUCUUCUAUCGUGUGCUUUGUUGGAUCAUUCUUGCUCGAAAGGCUUCAACAACAACAAUAUAGAAAUUAUAUUUAAAUUUUCGUUGAUAAACCUUAUGUGAUCUACUCUAACUAUAGUAGAAUUACAUCAUUACAUUUUAUUUCUUUAUUUAUUUUUUUCUGAUCAAUAUUUUUUAUUUUCCACAA